UCUUUAGUCCCAGUCAAGUCUGGUUUGCUAUAAAAGCCCGAGCUGCGUCCCUGACUGUCUGCUCUGCUGAUCUGGAGACCCCGCCGUCCACAAUGAAGCCUCUCCUCCUCCUCGCAGCUCUGCUCGGCUGUCUAGCCACCGUCCUCGCGGCCCCCGUUGAGAAGGUGAAAUGGUGCGUCAAGUCGGACGCAGAGCUUCGGAAAUGUUUGGAUCUGGUGCAAGCGGCUGAUUCCUUCGCCUGCGUGAAAAAAGAAAGCACGAUCGACUGCAUUAUUGCAAUUAAGGCUGGUGAGGCAGAUGCCAUCACAUUGGACGGAGGGGAUGUUUACACAGCUGGACUGAACAACUAUGACCUGAAGCCCAUCAUCGCUGAGGACUACGGCCCCUCUUCGGACACCUGCUACUACGCGGUUGCUGUGGUGAAGAAGGACACUGGAUUUGGUAUCAGGGACCUCAGGGGGAAGAAAUCGUGCCACACCGGUUUGGGAAAAUCUGCAGGCUGGAACAUUCCCAUAGGAACUCUGGUGUCCAUGCAGUUAAUUCAAUGGGAUGGCAUUGAAGACAAACCUGUGGAGGAGGCGGUGAGCGGCUUCUUCCAGGCCAGUUGUGCCCCAGGGGCCUCACAGUGGCCCAAGCUGUGUGAACUCUGCAAGGCAGACUGCUCCAGAUCUCACAAGGAGCCUUACUAUGACUACGACGGAGCUUUCCGGUGUCUGGCGGAGGAUGCUGGAGAAGUGGCUUUCGUGAAGCAUCUCACCGUCCCUGAGGCUGAGAAAUCCAAGUACGAGCUGCUGUGCAAGGACAACACCAGAGCACCUAUCGACAGCUACAAAACCUGCCACCUGGGCAGAGUGCCAGCUCAUGCUGUCGUCACCCGCAAGGACCCACAGCUGGAAGAAUUAAUCUGGAAAAGCCUCUCUGCAGUACAGGGCUUUGACCUCUUCUCUUCAGCUGCGUACACACCUUCCAAAAACCUGAUGUUCAAGGACUCAACAGUGAGGCUGGUGAAGGUGCCCACGGACACGGACUCCUUCCUGUAUCUGGGCGCUGAAUACAUGAGCAUCAUCCGUUCCCUCAAGAAAGAACCCACUGCAGCCACUUCCAGCUCUGCCAUUAAAUGGUGUGCUGUGGGCCACGCUGAGACUGUCAAGUGUGACGAGUGGAGCAUCAACAGCGUCGCCGAUGAUUCCACCUCCAUUGAAUGCCAGAGCGCUCCUUCAGUUGAAGACUGCCUUAAAAAAAUUAUGCGCAAAGAGGCUGAUGCCAUGGCAGUGGAUGGAGGGCAGGUGUACACAGCUGGGAAGUGUGGUCUGGUUCCUGCCAUGGUGGAGCAGUAUGAUCAAACGCAGUGCAGCCCCACUGGAGCGGUUCCCUCCUCUUACUUUGCUGUUGCUGUGGUAAAGAAGGGUUCAGGGGUGACCUGGGCAACCCUGAAGGGCAAGAGGUCUUGUCACACGGGCAUGGGCAGAACUGCUGGCUGGAACAUCCCCAUGGGUCACGUCUACAAAAUAACUCAAGACUGUGACUUCACUAAGUUCUUCAGUAGUGGCUGUGCCCCCGGAGCCGACCGCGACUCACCAUUUUGCUCUCAGUGUAUUGGCAGUGAAAGAGCAGUAGGAGAUGAGUCCAAAUGCAAAGCCAGUGCAGAUGAGCGGUACUACGGAUACGCAGGAGCCUUCAGAUGCCUGGUUGAAGGUGCUGGUGAUGUUGCCUUCAUUAAACACUCAAUCGUUGGGGAAAACAGUGACGGUAAUGGUACAGGCUGGGCUCAGUCUGUGAGGUCGGAUGAAUAUGAGCUGAUCUGCCCUGGGAGCCCCACUCCAGUUCCAGUCACAGAAUUCGGGCGUUGCCACUUGGCCCAAGUGCCUGCACACGCUGUGGUGACUCGUCCAGAGACCCGCAGCGCCGUGGUCACCAUCCUCCAGGCCCAGCAGGCUAAGUUUGGACCUAGCAGCGACUCGACAUUCAAGCUGUUCCAGUCAACCACUGGAAAGAACCUCCUCUUCAAGGACUCCACUAAGUGUCUGCGGGAGAUCGAAGGCGGAAAAACCUAUCAACAGUUUUUGGGAGAGGAGUACAUGUCUGCUAUGAGCGCACUGAGGCAAUGCAGCCAAACUACUCCAGAGCUGGAGAAGUCUUGCACUUUCCAUACCUGCCAGCAAAGUUAACAUCGACACGGACCACACGGCGCCUGAGUCGACUCUCAGUGAUUCAGCCUCCUCACCCUUACUUCCUACACUCGACCCAGAAACUGCAUUGUGUUUUUUCUUACUGAUCUUGUUGCAGACCGGUUGUUUUUAGAAGGACAGUCAGCACAGAGAAACCCCUACUUACAGAUCAUUACAUGACCAAUCACAUCACAUGUAGUUUUUCUCAUGCUGUUAAAACUAUACCAUACACUGCCUUUGUUAGUGGAUCAUCUGUUUUGUUAACACAUGCCUGACUUUUCUCAAAUAAAGUCUGUUUAAUGCUCUUUCA